AUGAAGAAUAGUUUGGUUUUCUCGUUGAUUUCUCUGAUAGGAUUGAGUGGAUUUGUGGGAGUACUAUGCCAAGGAGGGGCGUUGUGCAAUAGCUUUUAUGAGACGAGUUGCCCCCUUGCUGAGCAUAUUGUUCAAAGCAUCACUUGGAAAUAUGUUGCUAGCAAUUUUACUUUGCCUGCAAAAUUUCUAAGAAUGCAUUUUCAUGAUUGCUUUGUCAGGGGUUGCGAUGGCUCAGUGCUGUUGGAUUCUACAGCAAAUAACUCAGCGGAAAAGGAGGCAAUUCCAAACCAAUCCUUGGCAGGAUUUGAUGUUAUUGAUGAGAUCAAGAGCAAGCUAGAGGAGACAUGUCCUGGAGUAGUCUCUUGUGCGGAUAUCUUAGCUUUAGUAGCUAGAGACUCGGUUUCCUUCCAGUUUGGAAAGCCAUUGUGGGAAGUGCCAACAGGGAGAAGAGAUGGAACCAUUUCCAGAGCUUCCGAGGCUCUUGCCAACAUUCCUUCACCUUUCUUCAACUUCGCCACCCUGAAACAAUCUUUUGCCAACAAAGGCCUUACAGUUCAGGAUCUUGUUGUUUUGUCAGGUGGACACACUAUUGGAGUAGGACAUUGCAAUUUCUUCAGCAACAGGCUAUACAAUUUCACAGGAAAAGGUGAUGCAGAUCCAUCUCUAAACUCAACUUAUGCUGAUUUCUUGAAAACAAAAUGCCAAAGCCUCUCAGACAACACAACUAUAGUGGAAAUGGACCCUGGAAGCUCCCUAUCUUUUGACAACAAUUACUUCACAAUCUUGAAGCAAAACGAAGGUCUCUUCCAAUCUGACGCCGCCCUAUUAACAGACCAGGGCUCUAGCAAUAUUGUUGAUGAGAUGCUUAAUUCGAAAACAUUCUUCACUGAAUUUAGACAAUCAAUGGUAAGGAUGGGGACAAUUGAAGUGCUUACAGGAAGUGCAGGAGAGAUCAGAAAAAAGUGUACUGUGAUCAAUCCGGUGAAAAUGAAGGCUGGAUAUAGCAUUUUCGUUCUCUUUGUUUCUCUUGCUUUGUUUGGAAUAGUUGAGGUUUGCAAUGCACGUGGUGCGCAUGGGUUUAGUAACCUGAGUUACAACUACUAUAGGAGAACUUGCCCACGGGCUGAGAAGAUUGUUAGAGGCAUCAUCCGGGAAAGAGCCCGGACUAAUCCAGCUUUGGGUGCUAAACUUAUCAGGAUGCAGUUCCAUGACUGCUUUGUUAGGGGAUGUGAUGCAUCUGUGCUGCUGGACACAGUCAAUAGCAGUUUUCCGUCUGAGAAGAAAGCAGUUCCUAAUCUAUCUUUGUCUGGUUUCGACGUGAUCGACGACAUCAAGACUGCACUCGAAAAAGCUUGCCCAAAGGUUGUUUCCUGUGCUGACAUUCUUGCCUUGGCAGCUCGUGAUGCAGUUUCUGCCCCGUUUGGGAGGCGCCUCUGGGACGUGCCUCUUGGAAGGAGAGACGGUAGAAUUUCCCUUGCAUCUGAGAUCAAUGGAAACAUCCCUGGACCCUCUGCAAAUUUCAGCAGCCUGUUGCAAACAUUCAACAAGAAAGGUCUUGAUGUUAAUGAUCUCGUAAUUCUUUCAGGUGCACAUACCAUCGGUGUUUCUCACUGUGGAGCUUUCUCAAGGAGGCUUUACAACUUCACCGGCAAAGGCGAUGCUGACCCUAGCUUGGACCGAACAUACGCCAUCUUCCUGAGAAAGCAGUGUCCCAACCCCGCAAGUCAGACAAUCACUGUGGAAAUGGAUCCUGGAAGUUCACUGAAAUUCGACACGCAUUACUACGACGUCUUGCUGCAAAACAAGGGGCUUUUCCAAUCCGAUGCUGCACUUCUUACAGACGGGCACUCGAGAGGGUUGGUGACUACGUUACGAAGAAAACGUUCAUUUUUCCCUGCCUUUGCGACAUCAAUGAUGAAGAUGGGAGCCAUUGAAGUUCUCACUGGAAAUGCAGGAGAAAUCAGGGCAAACUGCCGUGUUGUCAAUCCAUGA